CAGCGGCGCUGUUUAAACGGCCCGCCGGAUGUUGGUGAAGCUCUCGGAUGGCUCCGACCUUGCUGACUGCGGGCAGGACUUCAGUCACUUCACCACACCGUGACCAUUAAACCCGGGUCUCCACACCGGGGCCAUUAAACCGGUCCGGUCCUGAUUCUGUAGAUGAACCAAUGCUGAAAGUGGUGAGGAGCGCGUGUGCAGGUCUGCUGAGCAGAUCAGCGGACUGUUCAGCUGUCCUGCAGCAUCACUUAAAAGUCCUCUCAGCUGGACUGAAGACGUACGAGCUGCCUCCAGACUACAGUGAUGUGGUUCUUCCAGAUAAGCCAAAGCUCAAAUUCCUCAAUAAAGUUCCUAAUUUGAAAAAGGCCAAGAAGGAGAUGAAGAGGCUACGUGACAUCCAGGGGCCAACUAAAGGUGCUAACACAUUUACGACUGGACAGUAUGCAAUUGUGGCCAUGGGUGGAGGCUAUCUACAGUGGGGACAUAUGGAGAUGAUGAGGCUCACCAUUAAUCGGCGUUUAGACCCGAGGACCACUUUUGCUCGUUGGCGCAUCAAUGCCCCAUAUAAGCCCCUUACCCGUAAGGGCUUGGGCCAGCGGAUGGGCGGAGGCAAAGGAGCCAUUGACUUCUAUGUUACUCCAGUAAAGAGUGGCCGAUUAAUAGUGGAGGUUGGAGGCCACAUUGAACUCGGCGAGGUGGAAUCGGUGCUUAAAGAAGUGGCAAAGAAACUGCCUUUCCCAGCAAAGGUGAUGAGCAGAGAAAGUCUGGCUGCCAUGCAGCAAGAGCAAGCUGAGAAAGAGGCCAACAACCAGAACCCCUGGACCUUCCAAAGAAUAGCCAGAUCCAACAUGCUGGGCAUCCGGAAGGUCAUUAGCCCCUUUGACCUCCACAACCAUGGUCGCUACACCGGAAAGUUCUUUAACCCAGCCAGGGUCUGAGCUGAUGCAAAAGCUGACAGUGGUUAACGAAAAGUGUGAGAAUUGUGCAGAAGCUUUUUUUUCUCAUGCUGUAUCACAGGAUGCUGUCACAGCAAGCAUGGUUGAUGUGGGUUUUGAGUGUGUAAGAUUGUAAUCACACCCUCUUUGAGAUAUUUUUUAGGUGAUCAGAUAACCCGUUAGGAGCUUCUAAAGUAAACAUUAUUUGAGUUAUUUAAGGCAAAGAACAUUACUUCAUUGUUGAUGACAGCAAGAUCUCAUUGUUUUUUCCUGUAACAUGCAAGCAUUUUUGAGUAGGAGACUCAAUAAAGUCAGAAAAGACUGAAGGGGGUGAAGGCAGUUUGUAGGUUGUUUGUACUGUAUUACCACGACAUUGUGUUGUAUCUGACACAUCAGUAAAAUCAUAAAAGUACUUCUACUGCAGUUCCUUUGCGAAGUGCAGAAAAUGUGAUGAUGCAUAUUACCAGAAACGAAUAUUGGGCAAUUGCUUGUGGCCCCCAGGAAACAGAUGUCAAAGUUUGUCCAAACCUGUCAUGUUGCACAGAAAACAUUGUCUGUUCUGGCCACUAUUGUGAGCUGAAUUAGAUGUGUAUUUCGGUAUGUGCACUGAUGUAAAAUUAUAAAAAUCUGCAAUUAAACAGUCACUUAUCAUACAAAGGAAA